AAAAAAUAAAAGGGGAGAAACGAUAAAUAUUUUUCAAUCAGCCACUAAUAAGAAAUUCAAUUAAUUUGUGCCAUGCCAAAAAAGUUAAUUAAGAUCAAGAAACAAUUAAGCUUAUUAGACAAAGCACAUUUAAGCAAUACCUGAGGGGCAACAAAUAAAAAGUGUUUCUAUACGUUUUACGAAAACUGUGAAAAAAUAUUAAAAUGAUGCUCGCUUCCGUCGUGGUAUGUCAGAUUGAGAAAUUAUUUUGCACGCCCAUCAGCUUUGCUGUGUUCGCGUUCCUGUUCAUGGCCUGCACCAUGGAAGUGGUCCUUCUCAAGUUAACGACCAGUGCGCCCGUAUUUGAGCGCCACAACGAUGACUGGGACGAUGGCAGCGAAUACGAAGAGGACAUUUACUACGAGAAUCUAGAAAACAGCUACGAGCACUGGGCGCGCAUGCGCAUGCGCUUUCGUCAACGCCAGCAGGAGCAGCAACGACAACAACUACUUGUGGCACAACAAAGCCAAUAAGCCUUAAA